UAUGCAUUUCGUGGCGAGGACAACAAGUAGAAACUGCCAGAGGGCACAAAUCCACGUUUUUACAAUUUCUCCAGUGCAGGGUUAGAAAAAUGGUGAAGCAAGAAGAAGAAGAAGAUGAUAUAGUUUGCUUGGACGAAUCCUUCUUCAUCAAUGACAAUUACCAGCUAACCACUUUCACAGUUGGGUCACAUGUUCUCCUGCUAUAUUGUCUUCAAUCAGCUUCUACUGAUUUUGAUUUGACGGGACAAUUGGUAUGGCCUGGUGCAAUGCUUUUGAAUGACUUUCUCUCUAAAAAUGAUGAGUUGCUUCAAGGAUGUUCCAUGAUUGAAUUAGGCUCUGGUGUAGGUAUUACCGGCAUGCUUUGCAGCAGAUUUUGUCGACAAAUUCUUUUGACUGAUCAUAAUGACGAAGUGCUGAAGAUCCUUAGGAGAAACAUACAGCUGAAUGCAUCUGCUGAAAAUCCUGGUUUUUGUGCUGCUCUAGAAGCUGAGAAGCUAGAGUGGGGAAACUCGGAUCAAAUUACCAGGAUUUUACACAGAUAUCCUGGAGGUUUUGAUUUGAUUCUUGGCGCAGAUAUCUGCUUCCAGCAGUCAAGUGUUCCUUUGCUUUUUGAUACUGUAGAACAGCUCCUGAAGAACAGGGGACGUGGACAUUGCAAAUUCAUACUAGCAUAUGUAUCCCGUGCCAAAAUGAUGGAUUUGAUGGUUAUUGCGGAAGCUACUCGACAUGGUAUGCUGAUAAAUGAAGUAGCCGGGACACGGUCUGUGGUUGGAAACCUCGAAGGAGUCAUCUUCGAAAUCACACUCUGUUAGAGGUGAUGAAUAUAUUUUUGGAUUGUGGAAACUACUGCACAUUAAGGUGGAAGAACGGAAUUAGAUCUGAUGUGGAAAAUGCUUUAAACUACCUUCUUGUUUGCGACGUUUUGGCAACGAAUGACUCAUAUUCAACAAGAAACGAUUUUAGAAGGCAAGUUUAAUGCUUCCAAAAUCUAUUGUUACUUAUGAUAAUUCCCUACUUUCUAAA